ACACACGCACACAUGAAGGAGUGAAAGGUUAUUUCGGGGCUUACUGCCCUGCUACCCCUCUCUGAAGGAGGCGUGCCCUAUCCUCUUCUCUCUCGUUCUCUUCCUGUGUGUGCUCGCCCCGUGGUCUGUCAGGGAAUACACUCCAAGUGGUCCUCUCUCUCUCUUACUCUAACCCUACCUCUCUUUACCUCAUGUUCGGUUAAAACCCCGACUGGAAGGAAGGGAAACAACACAGCAGUGGAGCACAGGAUGGAGGACAGCCCUCUGAAGGUGCUGACGGUUGCCACGGCGCCCUACCUGGACCAGUGGCCGGGCUGCGGGGGGUUGCGGCGCCGGGUGGGCGUGUUCCAGGGCAAUAGGCACUACCUGCACAACUUCCUCCAGAGCGUGUUCUCCUGCAUGGACCUGCGCGAGCGCCAGGGCUGCACCCUGGUGGUGGGCGGCGACGGGCGCUUCUUCAACCGCACCGCCAUGGAGCUGGUGGUGCAGAUGGCCGCGGCCAAUGGGGUGGGCCGGCUCAUCAUCGGUCACCAUGGCAUCAUGUCGACGCCGGCCAUUUCCUCUCUGGUCAGGAAGUACAAAGCCAUGGGAGCCAUCGUCCUCACAGCAGGCCCCCACCCGGGGGGACCCCAUGGGGACCUGGGCGUGAAGUUCAACUCAGCCAAUGGAGGGCCCGCCCAGGAGACGGUGACCAACAAGAUCUACCAGAUCAGCAGAACCCUGGAGGAGUUCACCAUCUGCCCCGGCCUCCGGGUGGACCUGGGCGCCCUGGGGAGACAGGAGUUUGACCUGGAGAACAAGUUCAAACCCUUCACAGUGGAGAUCGUAGACUCAGUUGAGUCCUAUGCGAACCUCCUGAGGAAUAUAUUCGACUUUGCUGCUCUGAAGGAGCUCCUGUCCGGGGAGCAUCGCAUCAGGAUCCGAGUGGACGCCAUGAGCGGGGUUAUGGGCCCCUACUUGAGGAGGAUACUUUGUGAGGAGCUGGGGGCUCCGGCAAAGUCUGUCGUCAACUGCGUCCCCUUGGAGGACUUUGGGGGUCUGCAUCCGGACCCCAACCUGACCUACGCUGCUGAACUGGUUGACAGCAUGCAGGACGGACACUAUGACCUGGGCGCGGCCCUUGACUGUGAUGGGGACCGUAACAUGAUCCUGGGUAAACAUGGCGCAUUCGUGACCCCUUCGGACUCACUGGCCAUGAUCGCCGCCAACAUCUUCUGCAUCCCCUACUUCCAGCACACGGGGGUGAGAGGCUUCGCCCGCAGCAUGCCCACCAGCGCAGCCUUAGACAAAGUAGCCCAGGCCACUAAAAUAGAUCUGUAUGAGACCCCCGUAGGCUGGGGGUUCUUUGGAAACCUGAUGGAUGCUGGCCGGUUGUCUCUGUGUGGGGAGGAGAGCUUUGGAACAGGUGGAGACCACAUCCGGGAGAAGGAUGGGCUGUGGUCGGUCCUGGCCUGGCUCUCCAUCCUGGCCAUCAGGAGGAAGAGUGUGAACGACAUCGUCAAGGACCACUGGAGGAAGUACGGCAGGAACUACUACACCAGGCGGGGCAGGUACGACUACGAGGGCCUGGACCUGGACGCCGCCUGGCAGCUGAUGGACGACCUGGAGGUCCUGAUGAUGGAAAAGUCCUUCGUGAGCCAGAGGUUCGCCGUUGCCGACAACAUAUACCAGGUGGAACAGGCAGACAACUUUGAGUACACGGACCCAGUGGACAGCACCAUCACCAGAAACCAGGGCCUACGGAUUAUGUUCACCAAUGGCUCCCGCAUCGUGUACAGACUGAGUGGGGCCGGGGGCGUGGGAGCCACCAUCAGAGUCUACAUAGACAGCUAUGAGAAAGAAGACAUAUUCCAAGACACACAGGUGAUGCUUGCCCCCCUGGCGACCAUAGCCCUGAAGAUCUCCCAGCUUCACGUCAGAACGGGUCGGAGUGGCCCGUCGAUGAUCACAUGAUCUCUGUUCCAUCGAACCCAGCUUGAAGCACCCUUCAUCAUUCUGCCGUUUUGUAUUUGAGAUUUAGUUCAGAAUGUGUCCAUAUUUUACUGCCAUUUAAACUUAAUUUGAUUUGCGUAGUUCCUUCAAUCGCCAAUGCCAUAAUAAACUACUUAUUUUUCUAUGA